AUGUGGAGCAAGGUCUUCGAAUCGGAGUCCGCUAUCUGGCGAUAUCGCUUUGGUAAAUGCUAUGACAUUGCUCCGGGAAGACCUUCUAGGGAGUUGAAGAUUGAAUACCAGAUCCGUGCCAUUGUGCUGAGCUCUCCGAUCCAAUUCAAAGGGGAGGAAGAUGACCGUCAAUACCUCUGGAUGGAGGUCAUGCAGACUAUGCUCGAGGAGUCUCUGAGUCUAUCCAUCGCUCCUGGGGCGACCUCAAAGACUCUGAAAUGCAUACAUGAGACCCUUAGAGGGGUAGAUUUUUUGAGCGAAUUUCAAAAAGAGCGAACUUGCGCGCAACUCUUUUAUGGUCUCCAGCUGUGCCUAAGUUCCUUUGCUCUUGACCCAACCAUCACCGAACCCUGUCGUCGAACUGACUACGACAUCAAACAGGUCUACUCAUAUGCAGAAAAGGUGGGCAAGGCAUUCAUCGACCACGAGAAGCUUGACCUCGCCAAAUUGCUGAACCUGCGCAACUUCUGGCAGCGUCACCUUUUGAACGCUUCCGAGUUUACCUACCAAGAAUCCUUCUCUGGGCUACCUGCAGAGUUGAAGCCCAAGGCGCGAAAGGAUUUUCCAACCGAGGUAUUUAAACUAAGCCCAUCGUGGCUAGGGUAUUAUUCGUGCAUGCAUCCGCUGUCAGACCUGCUAAAGACCAACGAGCGUCAGACAUGCGCUGAUCUCGAGACACAUGGCGACGGAUUGGACGUGAUGACCCUUGACCUCCAACCCUCCGACCAGUUUUGGCCCAAACAAUGCAGGAAGAUUAUCCCCCUCGCUAGCAGUCCCGAUACUAAGCGGGCAUAUUUCGAUGGCAAGCAGAGGGCUUAUGGUGGACCCUAUGAAGCAGGAAACCCUGUGUUCGGGUUUACCGAAGACAUCGCUAUCCCACAUGGUGGCUUUGGCGGAUGGUCCCGGAUCUGCUUUGUCAUUGUCGAAGCAGAUGAAGAGGAAGAGGUAAAUUUACCUUCACUCGUGAUGGAGGGUCAGGGCUGGAUCCAUGGCUAUGAGGCCAUCAUAAUCCCUAGUGGGAGCAUGAUGCUGGGACGGUGGAUGGACAUGAAGGAGCCCGAGGCCAGGGGCCCAUUCAUCUUCUGGGACGUGUAA